CGUAUUAUUUUGUCACAAUCUUGAAAUUAGCCAAGUCUGUGGUGUUUAAAACUUGUGACAGUGCAGUUGUGUAGACUGCUCACCUGACUUUCGCCACACUUGGCUGUUUCUUAUUCAAGGCACCUGCUCUUUAAUUAAGCUGCCAGCAUUCCUGACCAUCUUAUCUCGACAUAUUUGCGUUAUUUCCAAAGAAAAUUUCUUUCACGCGCCAAAUGUCAUGGCACACAGAAGAAGAAGAAGACAACGUCCACUUCCAGACAGCACUGAUAGACAAGCACCCAGCAGUAUGGACCAGCUUACUUUAAAUUACAUGGAGAUGUGCAACAUGGAGUCCAGCACAGAUUCUGACUCUGAAAUCAGUCCAAGAUGGUCCGACACCAGUACCAUGGGAUGUGUGAGCAGUGCACCAGAGAGUGGUGCCUCAAGGAGGGCGUUGCCAUUAACGCUUAAGCCUGCAGAAAGGCAUGGCUGUUAUUCUUUGGAUUUGGACCCGUACGAUGGGAGCUCUGAGGAUUCUGACGAGUCAAAUGUCAAUGUCUCCAGCAGGCAAUCGAGGCAGCAGGCAAAAGGUGGUGGACAAGGAGGAUGUCGACUCUCGGGCCGAAGCAAGCGAUAUAUCUUUAAUCACUCUGCUUCUGUUGCCCUCAGAGAAGGAGCGAAAAAUGACAAGAGAGACUGUCUGAGAGAACAGUCGAAUCUUCUGGAUGUCCAGAUGAAAUGUGGAAGUGACUCUGACCGGUUGGUCUGCGAACUGGACACUCUUCCCUCUAACAGUGACAGGGAUGCUUGUAAAAAUCUUCCAGAAGAAAGGGUAACUGAUUCAAUUACACACAGACAAACCUCGGAUAUGGAAUUGCAGCUUGAUGAUUCAGGCUUGCGUAUUACAAGAUCCUCCACACUUCACCCACCUAAACCUCAAAGCUCAGUGGAGGGGAGUUCAUCUCACAUGCUGGGUUGCUCCUCUGAGAGAUCUCCCUGCUUGUGUAACCUUGGAUCUCUGUACAAGAGAAAGCUGAGUCUCCCUGGAACAGACAUGAUUGAGUUGGGACACAGGAAGAAGCAGUGUGUCUUCAACAUGGACGAUGAACAAGAAGGAAACGAUUCUGCAUCUGAACCAUGUUAGAGUUCUUUAACAGUUGAGAUUUAAGGUGGACUGAAAUACUGUAAAUAGUUAUUUGGAAUUGCACUCUGUUUAUUCAUGAAUAGUUAACUUUGAGCACCUCCUGAUUGUUAAGAUGGCAUUUGGUUACCACUUGCUUAAAAUUUAGUCACAGGUGACUCAUCAAAACCUAAUUUUUGUUCAAAUGAGCUGCUCAAAUCCAAAUGAAUGAAUAAAGUAAAAUAUUUAAGUCUCCAGUGGUUCAUGGAGGUUCAUGUGUUAAUUUUCCCCAUAUGUCUGCAGACUGCAGGUUUAUUUUGUGCAGCCUAUUCAGAAACUGGAAAGUCUUUUUGGAAAUGAGUGUCUGCAGUUAGGUCAGUAAGCAUUUGAACAAUGUAAUGUUACCUCAAACAGUUAAUGUGAUUUUAAGUGCAAACCUUUAGCUUUACUUAAAGGGUUUUAGCAAAACAUGGCCUUUUGGUGUUGUGCUGGUCUGUGCAUUCCUUCCUAUUAACCAGAUGGUUCUGUUGAUUUGGCCACUCCUUAGGUUUUUGAGUAACAGGGAAACUAGGCUCACCUGGCCUUGUCAGUCUAUUGUCUUCUACUUUGGACCUUCUAGAAGUGAGUGAGUGUAUAAAAAUGGUUGUGCCAAACAGUUAUUUCUGUAACAGAUAUUUUAUGCAUAUUGUCAUGAAACUCUACGGCUCAUCCUCUUUUGUGUUUAGUGUAUUUGGUAAUAUACUUACCCCUCCAACCAGCAGGUGGCAGUAAUGGACAAUUAUAUAGUUUUGCCUGGCAGCUCAGUGAAGGUUUCAUUAACAUUUUGGAUCAUUAAAAAAAAAAAAAAAGUAACUAAGAGGACUGUGACAGAGGGCAAAAAAUAAGUUUACAUUUGUUAUUUCUUGGUGAACUUUGCUUUUGUGUCAUGUUCACAGUCCAGAUGUCUUUACGUAAUUUGGAAAAAAUCAUUCAGGAAAAAACUGUCUAAAGUUACAAUGCUGAUAUUCCAUUUGGGACAAUCUAUAUCAGCUUCACAAGAAAGAACAUUAUGUCACUGAUGUUUCCUUUGGCAUGUGCGUGAUUCACUUAAACAUUUCCUUUAGAAUACUUCCCAGUCUGAACAGGCUCCUAAGAAGAAAAGCGCUCCAUAGCAACAACCAUGUACGACAUUAAUUAAAAACACAAAGACCAAGCAGUUCAUUCCAAUGAGCUUUAUUCCAUCUAAAUACAACAACGUGCUGGU